UAAGAGCAUAUGCAAAUGAAUUUUGAAGAAUCACCAAACACAAUUACUAUCUCUCCCAAAAUGCAAUUCUUCAGCUUGACUUCCAUCUUCCUUUUUCUAUCUUUCCUCUUUUUGCUAAAGAAAUGGAAGAAAUCCAAUAACCAAACCAAAAAAUUGCCUCCAGGUCCAUGGAAACUUCCUCUUAUAGGAAAUAUGCAUCACAUCGCUAGUGGACCUCCACACCACGUCUUUAGAGAUUUAGCCAAAAAAUAUGGACCGCUCAUGCAUCUUCAGCUUGGUGAAUUUUCUUCAGUUGUUGUUACUUCUUCUGAGUUGGCUAAACAAGUACUAAAGACUCAUGACCUCGCUUUUGCAUCUAGGCCUAAACUCAUGGCCAUGGAUAUUGUCUUUUACAAUAGGUGCGACAUAGCCUUUAGCCCCUACGGUGAAUACUGGAGACAAAUGCGUAAAAUUUGUGUGAUGGAACUACUGAGCGCCAAAAAUGUCCGAUCGUUUAGCUCAAUUAGAAAUGAAGAAGCCAUUAGUCUCAUUGACUCUAUCCGAUCCUCUUCAUCUUCUGGCUCACCGGUUAAUUUUACAGAAAGUAUCAUUUGGUUCACAAGCUCCAUGACAUGUAGAUCGGCAUUUGGGCAAGUACUAAAGGAGCAAGACAAGUUUAUAAAACUAAUUGGAGAAGUGAUAAGAUUAGCAGGAGGCUUUGAUGUGGCUGACGUCUUCCCUUCAUACAAGUUUCUUCAUUCUCUCAGUAAAACUAAGAAAAAACUUCUAGAUGUCCAUCGCCAGGUAGAUUCAAUUGUUGAGGAUAUCAUCAACGAGCGCAAGAAGAACCUUGCAACAGCUCACAAGGGUGAUGAUGCAUUAGGAGAUGAAGACCUAAUUGAUGUCCUUCUAAGAGUUAAGAAGGAUAGAAGUCUUGAAUUUCCCAUUACCAACGAUAAUAUCAAAGCUAUUAUUAUUGAUAUGUUUGGUGCUGGAACAGAAACUUCCUCAACAACGACUGUAUGGGCUAUGGCUGAAAUGAUGAAAAAUCCAAGUGUAUUUGCCAAAGCUCAAGCAGAAGUGCGAGAAGCCUUUAGAGACAAUGUGACAUUCGAUGUAGAGGAGCUAAAAUACUUAAAGUUAGUCGUUAAAGAAACUCUACGACUUCAUCCACCAGUUCCACUUUUGACCCUAAGAGAAUGCAUGGAAGAGACCAACUUAAACGACUACACUAUUCCACUGAAGACCAAGGUCAUGGUUAAUGUUUGGGCAAUCGGAAGAGAUCCAAAAUAUUGGGAUGACGCAGAAAGUUUUAAGCCAGAGAGAUUUGAGCAGUAUUCUGUGGACUUUAAUGGUAAUAAUUUUGAGUAUCUUCCCUUUGGCAGUGGAAGGAGGAUUUGUCCAGGAAUAUCAUUUGGUUUAGCUAAUGUUUAUUUGCCGUUGGCUCAAUUACUUUAUCACUUCGAUUGGAAACUCCCUAGAGGAAUGGAGCCAAGAGAUUUGGACUUGGCUGAAUCAGCUGGAGUAACUUCCUCCCUGAAAAAUGACCUUUACUUGAUUGCCACUCCUUAUCAACCUUAAUGGCAUCAACUUUUUAAAGUUCCUUUGUCGUCCUCACUCUUGUGGCAUCUUUCAUGUGUUUUUUAGAUUUUAAUUGAUUUCUAGUGCAUGUUUCUUUUAUCAAAAAAGAUUGUAUCAUGACAGUUAUCCUGAGAUCUUGUCUGUUGAAUAACAUUUUUUAUUUGUUCA